AAGAAAUGGAACAACGUAUGUACGUGAUUGCUACCGGAGAGAUAUCAAUAAAGUGAAACAAACUCCAACAGGAUCGGGUGCUACAAAAGUGAAGAAAUAUGUUUACACCGAUCUUCUAACAUUUCUAGCUCCCGUUAUGCAGAGUCGAUGUCACGAGGGGAAUUACGACGACGCAGGCGAAGGAACUUCAAAAACUGGAACUAGAGAAGAAGAAGAUAGUCAAAACUCAAUUGUGGGAGACUAUAUCACGGAAGAAAAACCUACUAAUGCGAAAAAGAAAAAGGUUGCCGAGAAAGAUGUGCCAACGCAAAUACUAGCUAUAAUGAAACAGAGAAAAGAACAACCCAUACAUGAUGACGACGAUACAAAGUUUUUGUUAAGUUUCCGAAGUGACAUGGAAGCAAUGAACAGAACUCAGAAAUUGGAUUUCAAAAUUGGCAUGUUACAGCUACUAAAACAAAUUAGCGAACCGCCACGAAAUGUUCAUUCCUCGCUUUCGUCGCAUAACUUCAGUUCACAAAGCCCUCAGAUGGUAUGCUCUCCAAGUCUUCCGAGUCCUCUACACAUGAAUCGAUAUAAUAUUGGCCGUAACACAGAAUGUGCCACAUAUACAGUACUGAUGCCACCGAAUCCAGAACAUAGUACCGUUGGGUCUGCAUCUUUGCAUCAACCACGAUCACAACAGCAACCACCACCACGAUCUUGA